ACGAGCAUGCGCUCUGCGUUGUGACUUUAGUGUAAGCACAGAGAGAGGAAAAAUAAUGAAGGAAAUAAAUUAGACUGUGUAUAGACGGGCAGUGCCGCGAUACAGGUUACACCUGAGGCCGGCUGCACGGUUGCUUGCUGUAGAGGGCUCUGCUGGUAUAGGAAGCAACAAGCGGCGCCUGAGGCAGCGUCACCUCCUCAGAAAUGUCUGUUUUAACAUCACCCGUCUUACCAAAGGGUAGUGAAUUCCUGGAGGGAAGAGACGUUGUGAAAGAUUUAAUGUCUGCCCUGGAGAGAAUGUGCACUGAGUUUGCCAGAGUGAAAGCAGAAGUAGCAUGCAUUGCAGUAUAUGAUUCAGAGGCCCUCAUAGUUGGUACCAAAAAAGGAAAAAGCUUCUUGGAGGUUAGAAAUGAUUUCCAGACAGAUUUCAUACAGUACUGCAAUUUGGAUAAAAACUGUGUUUCAGAAUCCGUAACCAAGAGGUCUAGAUUAAAAUCUGAACAAUCAAAUAUUGAAUCUCUCUGGAAAGCAGUGGAGGACUUGUUUUGUGAAUGCUACGGUAAAGCUUUAGGAACAUCAGCUCCAGUGCCUAUCCCUUAUGAUAUGUUGACUAGAGACCCUACUGCUGUCACAGUCUGUGGCCUUCCAGAAGAAAUAUCAGUCAACGAGCCAUCCAUGUAUGAUAUUCAGACAAUACAUAAGAUCUUAGAUAACAAAUCGAGCAUAUAUUUUAACAUUAGGAGACCUCUUCCUUAUGGGAAUAACUCAAAAGACGAAGACCAUGUAGAUGAAACACAGGCGUCUGUUUCCGAAAGCUCUUACCCUGUUCAAGUGAAAACUGAGCCAAGCGAUGAUGAUAAUGCAUUUGAAUUAACCACCGUUAUAAUAAAAGAAGAGACAGAUGGCCCAGAUUACUAUCAGUUCUGUUAUCAAGGUCAUAGUUUUGGUGAGGACUCCAAUGAAGGAGCUGACAUGGAACAUAAUGAAGAUAAUGAAGGUUAUGAAUAUGUACCGCCUCAUAAGAAGCAGAGAAGUGAUGGAAUACAACCAGUCAAUAAUCAAUGCAAGAGAAAAGCAAAAGAGUUUAACUUUGAGAAAUGGAAUGCUAGAAUUAAUGAACUGAGGAAACAAGUGGAAGAAUUAUUUGAAAAAAAAUACGCUGAAGCCAUAAAUGCAAGUGGUCCAAUAGCAGUUCCAUAUCACCUUUUCCAGUCUUAUUCAGAAGACCUGUAUGUUGAAGGACUGCCAGAAGGCAUUCCUUUUAGGAGGCCAUCAACGUAUGGAAUUCCACGCCUCGAAAGGAUACUGCUGGCACGGGAAAGAAUCCAUUAUAUCAUCAAAAAACCUGAACUUUUGAACACUACAAAAGAAGCCAUGACAGUUGACAAAUCAAACACAGGAGUGAAAGAAGAGUGGUAUACAAGAAUAACAAAAUUAAGGAAAAUAGUUGACCAGCUGUUCAGUAAAAAGUUUGCUGAAGCUUUAGGAAAAACUGAGCUUGUGCCUGUACCUUAUCAAAAGUUUGAGGCUAAUCCCACAGAUAUGUAUGUGGAGGGAUUGCCAGAAAACAUACCUUUCAGAAGUCCCUCCUGGUAUGGGAUUCCAAGACUGGAGAAGAUCAUUCAAGCUGCUAACCGGAUAAAAUGUAUUAUUAAAAGACCAGAGCUGCUUACACAGUCAAAUACAGAACCCAACCGAGGAAAUGCAGGAGCUAAAGAAGACUGGAAUAUAAGAAUUACAAAACUAAGGAAACAAGUUGAGGAGAUAUUUAACACAAAGUUUGCACAGGCACUAGGACUUUCAGAACCUGUAAAAGUCCCUUAUCCGGUGUUUGAGUCCAAUCCAGAGUUUCUCUACGUAGAAGGAUUGCCAGAGGGAAUUCCAUUCCGGAGUCCCACUUGGUUUGGGAUUCCUCGACUAGAGAGGAUUGUAAGAGGAAGUGCCAAAAUCAAGUUCAUUGUGAAAAAACCUCCGCUUGUAGCACCCCAUAUUCCUGCUGAACUCGCUGAUAAAAUUAAUGUUGAAGCUGUUCAGAACUUAGCCAAAGAACAGGAUCCAAGGGAGGGUACAGAUGAUGAUAAAUCAAACACUGUUUCAAGUCCUCCACCACAAACGAAUGGUUCCACAACUGUGACCUGUAAACAACGAGGAAAAGAAUUCUCAUUUGAGGCAUGGAAUGCUAAAAUCACUGACUUAAAGCAAAAAGUUGAGACACUGUUUGAUAAAAAAUGUGGAGAAGCCUUGGGAAUGAAAGAUCCAUUCAAAGUCCCAUUUGCCUUGUUUGAGUCCUAUCCCGAAGACUUCUAUGUGGAAGGUCUUCCUGAGGGGGUCCCAUUUCGCAGACCAUCCACUUUUGGCAUUCCUAGACUGGAGAAGAUUCUCAGAAAUCAAUCCAAGAUUAAAUUUAUCAUCAAGAAACCAGAACUGUUUGAGGCUGCAGCCAAAGAUUCAUCAUUACAAUAUCCACAAAAGCGGAUACAAGUCCAAAAUACUCCAGCAACAGCAUCUGGACGUGAACAUCUUAAUAUCGUUCAGGUAUCCUUACCAGAUGGGGAUGAGAAAACUGGAAAAGUAGACAAAGCUCGCCAGUUGAGGGAACAAGUCAAUGAAUUGUUCAGUCGGAAAUUUGGUGAAGCCAUUGGGAUGAACUAUCCAGUGAAAGUUCCCUACAGAAAAAUUACUGCCAACCCAGGAUGUGUAGUAGUAGAUGGAAUGCCAGUAGGGGUUACAUUCAAAGCCCCCAGUUACCUAGAAAUAAGUUCUAUGAGAAGAAUCCUAGACUCUGCAGAAUUUAUUAAAUUUACAGUUAUAAGGCCUUUUCCUGGAUUGGUGCUAAAUACACAAGCACUGGAAGAGAGUGAAUAUGGGUCUUCUACAGAAACUAGAAACUGUAACAAGAACCAAUCAGAAGAAGCUAGAGAAGAAGGUAUUCCUCAUACGUUUCCAUUCCAUAACCAUGCAAUUUAG